AUGAAGAACAACACGGAAGCCUUAAAAGAUCAAUGCAAACUGGAUGUAUCUCCCAUGAAGCUCUACGGCCAGAGGAAGGGCAUUGGGCAGAAUGCCUGUCUCUGGAAUUCCCUAGGCAACGCUGCCUCCUCUGGAUCAGGGUGUGGCCAGCCCCAGGUUUCACAUGCAGGAAGUCGAAUCGUGGGAGGCCAUGCUGCCCGAGCUGGCACAUGGCCAUGGCAGGCUAGCCUCCGUCUGCAGAAGGUGCAUGUGUGCGGAGGGUCCCUGCUCAGCCCAGAAUGGGUGCUCACGGCAGCCCACUGCUUCUCUGGGUCUGUCAAUUCAUCUGAUUACCAGGUGCACUUGGGAGAGCUGACCAUCACCCUGUCUCCCCAUUUCUCCACUGUAAAGCAGAUCAUCCUGUACUCUAGCCCCCCAGGACCACCAGGGUCCAGUGGGGACAUUGCUCUGGUGCAGCUGGACACCCCUGUGGCUCUAUCCAGCCAGGUCCAGCCUCUGUGCCUCCCAGAGGCCUCGGCGGACUUCUACCCUGGGAUGCAGUGCUGGGUGACAGGCUGGGGUUAUACAAGGGAAGGAGAGCCUUUGAAGCCCCCAUACAACCUGCAGGAGGCAGAAGUCUCUGUGAUAGACACAGAGACCUGCAGCCAGGCUUACAGCAGCCCCAAUGGCAGCCUCAUCCAGCCAGACAUGCUAUGUGCCCAGGGCCCUGGGGACGCCUGCCAGGAUGACUCUGGAGGGCCACUGGUCUGCCAGGUGGCUGGGACCUGGCAGCAGGCCGGCAUUGUCAGCUGGGGUGAGGGCUGUGGCCGCCCUGACCGCCCUGGCGUCUAUGUUCGAGUUACUGCCUAUGUAUACUGGAUCCACCGCCACGUCCCAGAAUUGGACAGCUCAGGAAAGCAAGGGCCUUCCUGGAUUCCCCUCCUGGCUGGCCUCUUCUUGCCGAGUCUCCUCCUCCUCCUGGUCUCUGGAGUCCUGAUGGCCAAGUGCUGGCUGGGCUCUCCCUCCCACCCAACUUCAGACCUCUGACUCAGGCAUCACAACCCAAGUGUCUUUCUUAAACAAUAAGUUAAGUGUUUAUUUGGCUUGGCUUUGCCCCUUCCCACCCCUUAUCUUUUGACUUGGGAAGCCAAGUUUUCUGCAUCGGAUUAUUGCGACGUUUAACCUGAAUUUG